GAAAAAGAUUUUAUUUUAAGGAAUCGUUUUGCUUCGAGCAAAACUUUUUCCUUAGGCCAUAAAACUUAAUUUUUUGCGAGUCAUGAUAUCGAAGAAGAAGAAUACAAAAAUUCAUGAAUAUUGAAUCGAUUUAACGUUUAUAUAAAUCUCUGCAAACCGAACAAAAGUUCAAGUCGAUCGAAAGCGGUACUCGUCGCGCGUUCUGUAAUUUUAAUCGAAGCCAUAUAAUAAUCGAGUCGUGUGUUAUUUAUGAAUCAUUGAACACCGACCAACAAAUCGUUUCGCGACAAUGGACACCGAAACGAACCACGAAAAGGUCCACCAAAGGAACAACGGAAAAGAAGACACCUCGUACGAGGUCGAGGAAGUUGUAGAAAGGGCACAAUAUGGCACCGAUAUGAGCUACAAACACCCUUGGAAGUGGUCAUUCAUCAUGCUUAUCAUUCUUUUACACAUAGGGCUCGUGAUCAGCAUUCGUGCUGCGUUUUAUGCUAAAUGGCAAUCUUUAUUGUGGGCGUUCGCGUGGUACGCUGUCGCGCAGGUAGGAGCAGGAUUAGCGUCGCAUCGGUAUUAUAGCCACAAGAGUUUCAAAGCAACGCUUGUUUUGAGAGUGUUGCUCCUCUUCAGCCAAACCUUGAGCGGCCAGGAUUCCGCGUACAGGUGGGCGGUGAACCACUACAUGCACCACAAGUACAGUGACACGGACCUGGAUCCUCAUAAUUCGAACAGAGGAUUCUUCUUCGCUCACAUUGGCUGGGUAAUGAAGAAGAGACACCCCCUACUGCGACAAAAACUACGCGAGGUGGACUGGUCCGAGCUAAAGAAGGACAAACUCUUAAUGUUUCAGUACAAUUACUAUUUGCCUCUCUACUUCUUGUGCGGGGUGAUAUUACCGGUGUCGGUGCCGGUGUACUUCUGGAACGAAACGCUUUUGAACUCCUACUUCGUGACCUAUCUGCUCCCCUAUGGCAUAGUCCUGCACUCGACGUGGAGUAUCAAUUCGUUCGCGCAUACGUUCGGUGUCAAGCCCUACGACAGAAGGGUCAGGGCGACGGAGUCCGUGGUAACUAUCUUAGCAACGCUCGGCGACGGAUUUCACAAUUUCCAUCACGCUUUCCCAUGGGACUAUCGAAUGACAAAUAUGCCGUGGUACAGCAUGCACGCGAAACUGAUCGAUUUAUUCGCCUACAUGGGCAUGGCCUACGAUCUUAAAAUGGUGACACCUCGGGUCGCUAAUAGCCACCAAAAGAGACACGGGGAUGGAACUGAAAAGUGGACGUUCGUGGAAGCGGUCACCCCGUUCAACAGGAAACCAAUGGACGCGUCGCGCACCAAUUGAACCGAAUCGACGAGAAUUUAAUCCGGACAAAAUGCAACGUCUUUGGAACUAAAACGGGCAUCUCUUUGCUUAUAGAUCAUGUAUUCCACGACUCGCGUUAAUCGAUACGCGAUCGAGAGAUCGACAAAACGCACUCGCACGUUGGAAAAUUAAAGAAUUAUUCUUGAUCUCUCGUUAAAUUAUAACGCGAGAAUGAAUCUCGAAUGAUAAGGACACAAACGAAACGAUUGAUAUGGAUAUAAUAAUUUCCGCCAUAUCUAUAAAUAAAAAAGAUAUAAAAAAAAUAUAGGUUGAAUAUUUUUCGAAAAACUAUGUGUAAUUUCGACGUGUUCCUUUGCAAGUUUAAUUUAACGUUAAACAUCGCACGAGCGAUCGUGGUUUAUGAAAAGAUUUUGAAAUACGUUACAGAGGUCGAUAUACUAAACAAAUUAAUCUUUUUAAAAAACCGAUGAUUCUGAGAUAUACGCUGGCUCCGGCCGAAGAAAGAAUCUGGAAGAAGAAAUAGUUUGUUCGGAAUAUCGCCUUUUAUAACAUAUUAGAAAAUCAUAGAACAUUCUUCGUCGAUACGUAUAAGCGAAAGGUAUUACUGUUCACAAGAAAUCAUGGAAUGUAUCAAUUUUAAAAUCAAUAGGUAACGACUUUUUUUUUACAGAAUUCUCGAAAUUCUCUUGUCGUUUCUCUGCGUCGUUUGCCGUCGCUGCUUAGCAACCAAAACAAAAGCGAGUGGUCCUUUAGCAUUGUCCGAAGAGUGGGGUGAGAAACGAGCGUUCGGUUACGACGUGACGAUCGCCGAAGGAGCCGACAUUUGAAAUUCACUCGUCCGUUCGAAAGUAUCGCGUCGCAUCGUUUCAAGAUGAAUCGUUGUAUUCGAUUGCAGAGUUGUAAAUUGUAUUGUUCCGGAUAUCGCGUUAUCGCGCGUGCACGAUGAAGAAGAUCCUCCUGAAGCGUUUCAAGUAUGGUAAGUCGUAUAAUUUUGAAAAGUAUUAAUUUUUCAUAUUUUAUUAUUCCUUAUUAUUGAUAUCGAUUGGGAACAUUUUGGUCAUAAUAUUGAGAAAUGCUUCGAUGCGGUUAUCACGAUCGGUUUCACGCCACAUACUUGCUCGUUGGAAAAAUAUAAAUAUUUAAGAAUAGAUAAAUAACUAUCGUGUCUCGUGGCACUUUUUAUACGCGCGAAUCUUCGUAUAAAAAGGUUGCAGUAGUUAAAUACAACCGUGCACGUAAAAUCUCUGUGCAACUCCCCUCGGCAACCCUUCGCCGCACGAUUACUAUCGAAGCAAAUCGGAAUGCCGAGAGUUUGAAUCUAUAGAUAAAAAAAAUAAAUAAAUAUCUUCUAUCUAAAGCCGAAUUGGUUUUAAAUUUUAUUAAAUGGCUAAAAACUCCUCGGUGUUCCGAGGACGACUCGUUAAAUCGUGGUGGUAUUCGCCUACUAAAAUUAUUUAAACGAUACAUGGACUUCGUAAUGCUGCGAAUGGUAUUCGAAUGAUCGAGAUCCUUUCUUAUCCUAAAAUAGGAUAAGAAAGUGUCAGGAACAUUAUCCAGUCUAAUUAUUCUGUUCUUGACAUUACCUUGAGACAAUCUGCCAUCUGAUUAAAUUUGGUAAAUUUUUUGACGCGUGAUGAGGAACAACCAUUUCAUUAGUGAGGCAAUUCGGUAUUCAUUUGAAAGAACUGAUUGUAAAAUAGGAUAAGAACUAUAAUGUUUGAAAAUAAAAAUACUAUAUAUAUACAAAAAUUAA